CAGAGGGAGGAGAGAAUAGCGCUCAGACAAUCUGUGUGUGAGAGAGAGAGGUAGAAACAGGAGGAGAGAGGAGCUGGCUGGGAAACAAUAGUUGAACAACAAAUCCAGCGUUGUGUUCAGGGUCUCAGCCAGUCUCUGGAUACCUCAGCUGUCUGUCCGUCCGCUGCCGGGCGCUGAAGACUGCGGUGGGUCCAGACAGCAGGUGAUGGAGCGGCCCGACGAGCCGACCCUCCUGCUACCUCUCCCCCCGCAGCUCGCCGUCCUUGAGCCUCCGCUGUACUGACAGAGACGAAGACGCUCUCCUCUCCGUGAGAGCCUCAAACGCAACUGAGGUGAGAGACUGUGAGAGACGGAAACCCAGGCGCUAACAGAGACGACGCGACGAGUCGGACGACCCAGAGGAUCGAGCCUCAGGACGGCCCGAUCAUCAUGAAACCUUCGGUCUCCGUGGGCCCCCCCUCUGGCCUGCUGCUGGUCCUGAUGUGCUGCCCCCUGCUGGGCCUGGUCCAGUCCGCCAGCAGCAACAAGGCCAGCGACAACGCACACCCGCACCUGGGAGACUCCGACCCCGAGCGAUGCAUGAGGCACCACUUUGUGGAGACCAUCACACACCCGAUUUAUAAGUGCAACUCCAAGAUGGUGCUGCUGGCGCGCUGCGAGGGUCACUGCAGCCACACCACCCGCUCCGACCCGCUCAUCUCCUUCAGCUCCGUGCUCAAGCAGCCCUUCAAGAGCACCUGCUCCUGCUGCCGGCCACACACCUCCAAGCUGAAGGCGGUGCGGCUGCGCUGCGCCGGCGGGACGCGCAUCACGGCCACUUACAGAUACAUCCUGGCCUGCAACUGUGAGGAAUGCAGCUGAGCGGCGAGCGGCCCCCUCCCCACACCCUCCAGACUCUCAAGACCCAGCGUUUUCCUUGGCCCCGGGCCCCUAAUCUAAAGCUUUCCAGAGCGUUUCGGUUGAUUGUUGGAUCAGAUAAUUGCCCCAGAGGACAGCAGCUCAAGAUGCUUGUUGUUAUCUUGGCAGUGACAGUUUGGAGCGAUCGUACCACCCUCACACUGGCCUGAAAACCGACCCGCAGCCCCCGGGACUCUCACACCACACACUAUACCCUCUCCACGACGUGCAUUCAAUCACAACAAAUCAUAAGAAGCAUAUUUUCUCCAGCAGCUCAAGGCCAGACAUCACAAACCGCUGCUCCCUGGGGGGGGGGGCUGGAGACCCUCCGCACUGCGCUCAUCACGGGCCGUAAUUCAUAACACACAGGCUUCAUAGCGCAGGACGAGAGUCUCCCGGCUCCAUAAAAUCUCCAGCACGCAUUCGACAACAGAACAACACGCCUCGUUAAAGAGCGACGUGGGAAAGGACGGUGGCCCACACAUGUGGUGGAUCUUUAGAGGGGCACCUGCGCUGCGAUUAUUCACCCAAUAAUCUUUUACACACUCCCCGCAGGCUUUCAUCCGGCUGUGUAAAACACGAGCGGCGCUGACACGAGAGGGAACCGUAAACGUGAAGCGGCAGACGGCGUGAGAGCAGGGCUGAGGGCGGAGGAAGACCGAGGAGGUGGAGGCGGGGUGUCUACAGACUGUCGAGCUUGUCAGCGUUCAUCUUAAAUGUAAACUAUUCUAUUUGAGUCUCUGUGAUGUUUCCUGUCAGCUUUAGUGAAUCUGUAGCUCCUAUCAAGAAACUGUGGUGUGUUGUUACUAAUCACGUGUCCAGUGUUGUGACGAGUCUCUCCUCAUCCUCCACAACCACGAAGACUACUUCAACCUCAGCUGUAACUCAUUCUGUGUGUGCGUGUGUGUGUGUGUGUGCAUGUGCAUGUGCGUGUGCGUGUGUGUGUGUGUGUGUGCCAGGAGUUUGUCAGUUCAUCUGCACUCAGUCCCAUUGUUCAAACUGUGCUUUCUUCUUUCAUUAAAACUUCAUGGAAGCAAAGAAACGCAUUACUUUUUUACAUUUUUUAAAUUAAACCGCCUCUGAAUUCUUAAUAUUCAAAUAAUUCAAUUACCACUGACUUUUAUAGUAUUGAAGUGUUUUACUUUGAAAUCCAUCUGUCUGACUUCAUGUGGUUUAAAUUCCCUUAGUUGUAAUUUCCUGAAUGUUGUUUCAAGUGGUGCACAUAAUAAUAAUAAUAAUAAUAAUAAUAAUAAUAAUAAUAAUAAUAAUAAUAAUAAUACAAUUAUAAAUAAUUCAUUAUAAAAUAACAGUUGUUUUAAACUACAUCAAAAUAAAAACAAACACCAAAAUAAAAUUCACGAUGAAAAAUUUAAACCUGGACAUGUGGGUCACUGAGGAUGAUCAAUCGAGCCUGAGGGAAUUGAUCAGCAUGUACCACGAAGUCUCUGUCUCUCUCUCUAACUAUUAAAAUAAAGGCAAAAAAAUGCCCAAAAAUAUAACUUAGGUAAUCAGUAUCAUCAGCAGCAACAGUAUGACAUGUUCAGACUGUAACAGCAGGAACUGUGAGGCCGAGCAGUUUAACUCACACAACAGACUCUCACUAACAACAGACACUUAAUGACAAAAUGUAAAUACUUUGAAUUUAAAGUCGCAUUGAGGUCACACAGUCUCUCCUUCCUGAGUUACAGCAUUAAAUAAUGACCAGAGGUGUUUUUACAGAACAUUAUGAUGUCACAGUGAAGUUGACCCUUGACCUUUUGGAUAUAAAAUGUCGUCACUUCAUUUUAUCCUUAUAGACAUUCGAGUUAAAUUGUGUCAUAAUUAGUGAAUGAAUUUUGGCUGAAAAUGUGUUUUGUGAGGUCACAGUGACCUUUAACUUUGACCUUUUCCCACCAAAUUCUAAUCAGUUCAUCCUUCAGUCCAAGUGAAGUUUUGUGCCAAAUUUCAAAAAGUUCCAUCAAGGUGUUACGGAGAUAUCGCCUUCACAAGAAUGGAACGGACAACCCGAAAACAUGGUGCCUGAUCAGGACACUUCUUUGCUUCCAUAGAGUUUUAGAUUGUGAAGCAGCUCAGCUGUGAAACCACAGUCGUCUCAUUAACAAGACUUCAGUACAAGAAAGCUGAACGUUAAUGAAAUUAAAAUGAAGAAAUAUAAAAGAAGCUGGAGGUUGAGUUUUGAUGUGACUGAACCUGAAGCCUCCAGGAGCAGGACAGUGAAUGCAUCAUCUGCAGAGACGCUGGAGAGGAAAGCCUGGAUCUCUCCCUGUGCGGAUGAAUUCAGUAUCCCAUUAAAAAUCUGACUCACACAAACACACACACACACACACACACACACACACACACACACACACACACAGUAUACACACCCUGUACAGACGUCUUUGUUGUGCUGGGAGCUGAAACGUUACCCUCCCAUCAUGCUGCUCUGCUCUGCGGACGUUUCAAUCCCGACUACAACUGACAGCACGGCCGCUGCUUCACACGUGAGCCUAAUAAAAUCCUUUUCCCCCUCGA